GUCACAAUGUGUGGUGUGGUUUCACUUUUAAACAGAGCAGAAACAGACAGAAGUAAUGGACAGACUGAGGUGUGUGCUGCUGGUGCUCUGCGUACAACACUCCUGGACUCAAAUACACACUCUGGAUCCAGCCACCCUGCGUUUCGUGGUGCUCGGGGACUGGGGGGGUAUUCCUCUGCCUCCGUACUACACCCCCCAUGAGGAGGCUGUGGCUGGGGAGCUGGACAGGCUGGCCCGCAACGAGGGGGUGGACUUUGUGCUCAGCCUGGGAGAUCACUUCUACUUCGACGGUGUGAAGAGUGUGGACGACCCUCGCUUUAAGUACACAUAUGAAGGGGUUUUCUCCCAGGCCUCUCUGCUGGAUAUCCCAUGGUACCUCACUGCAGGAAACCACGACCACAGGGGCAACAUCUCCGCUCAGAUCGCUUACUCCAACAAAUCCAAGCGAUGGAAUUACCCAGGUCUGUAUUACGAGCUGCAGUUCGCUGUCCCCCACACCAACGUGUCGGUGGGCGUCCUGAUGAUCGACACCGUGGUGUUGUGUGGGAACACGUACGACCAUUCGCAGCCUUCAGGACCCGAGGACCCCUCAGCCGCAGAGCAGCAGUGGGGCUGGAUCUCAGAUAAACUGGCCAGCAGCAAGUCAGACUAUGUCGUGGUGGCCGGUCAUUAUCCCGUGUGGUCCGUCGGCCAUCAUGGACCCACUUCCUGUCUGAAGAAAAGACUGAGGCCCCUCCUGAAGAAGUUCAACGUCACGGUGUACCUGAGCGGCCACGACCACAAGUACAGUUCAUCAGAGAGGAUGAUGGGAGUUCCUAUGCAGUGAGUGGCAGUGGGACGGUUAGUGACACCGCCACCACUCACAAAGGGAGCGUCCCCCCGUCCUGGCAGCUGUACUCCAGCCCUGUGAACCACACCGUGGGGGGGCUGGCUUACUUCCAGGUCAGCAAGCAUCACAUGAUGCUCAGCUUCAUGCAGACAGACGGGAAGUGUGUGUACCAGGCGGAGCUGCAGAAACGCACGCCAUGAGGGACUGCACCAAUCAUCAGCUUUAUUGAAGAGACUCAAGGUCCAUUUUUAAAAGACAUACAACACUCAAAUCAAUCAUGUGUUCUGCAGUAAAACUCAGGAAGACAAUCAGGGUAUUUGUAAAAGUCAUGUACUACUUUUUAUGUAUAGUGUGUACAUAUUACACUAUGUUUUUUAUAUAUUGACACACAUUGCAUUGUGUGCAUCCCACAAUGCUCUAAUUAGCAAUGCAAAAUGUGUAUAAUGUAUUAUUUCAGUAUGACUUAAUUGGUUCCCUUUUAUGGGAAAAUACUUCUUAUCAAAGUCUGUAAAUGAAUGUUUCUUGUUGCACUCAAAAACCUACAAUGUAAUUAAAAUGUUUUUUUCAAAAGGUU